AUGGCCUCAUUUCCCUCAUUCGACGAUCUUCCAUUGCGUAAGGAUGGCCCUCCUGGUAAUGCAUGGGGUCUGUUUGGAGAUAAUGAUGAGUGUGGCAUGUUGAAUCAAAUCACACCAGAGCUCGUUAAUGCCGCAUCGAAAGAGAUCAAGGAUGGCGUCCGCAUCCCGACUGAUUUACCCAUAGACUUUAUGUCUAAGCCCUGUUUUGGAAGAGCACCAUUUCAGCACACGAUCAAAAAUAAAGCACCACGAUCAGUUAACGAUGAUACCCUUGUGUUCAAUACUCAGAUCAGUACACAAUGGGACGGAUUCAGACAUUUUGGUUACCAAAAAUCCAAAAAAUGGUUUAACAACCACACUUUAGAAGAUAUCUUGCAGACGAAAGUGAAUGGUAUUCAUGCUUGGGUUGAGCAAGGAGGCAUUGUGGGACGAGGAGUUUUGCUAGACUAUGCGGCCUGGGCAGAGGCCCAUAAUAUUGCUGUCAACCAUUUCUCGCCGCAUUCAAUCUCAGUUGCCGCGCUUCAGAAAAUCGCAGAUACUCAAGGCACAGAGCUCCGAAAAGGGGACAUCCUCUUUGUCCGCACCGGAUGGGUUCGGGCCUUUUCUAAUCUGUCGACCGAGAAAGCCAUCGCGUUGGCGGACAUGACAACUCCCCCAGCGAUUGGAUUAGAGUCAUCCAGAGCGUCAGCUCGCUGGUUAUGGGAAACUGGAUUUGCGGCUGUCGCCGGUGAUCAACCCAGCUUUGAAGCAUGGCCUUGCCAAAAUCCAGAGUACAUGUUGCACGAAUGGCUGUUGGCUGGCUGGGGCAUGCCAAUUGGGGAGAUUUUUGAUCUAGAACGGUUGAGUGAAGAGUGCAGGAAACGUGGACGGUGGUCUUUCUUUUUCAGCAGCAUGCCACUGCGAGUCCCUGGUGGUGUCGCUAGUCCACCGAAUGGAGUGGCGAUCCUUUGA